AUGUCUGAAAUUCCACAAGGUAACGCAACUAAGGGUGAAAAGAUCUUCAAGGCCAGAUGUGCCCAAUGUCACACCAUCAACAAGGGAGGUGCUCACAAGGUUGGUCCAAAUCUCUACGGUAUGUGGGGUAGAAAGUCUGGUUUGGCUGAAGGUUAUGCCUACUCUGCUGCCAAUAAGGAAAAGGGUGUUACUUGGAAUGAACAAUCCCUCUUUGAUUAUUUGUUGGAUCCUAAGAAGUAUAUACCUGGAACUAAAAUGGUUUUUGCAGGUUUGAAGAAGCCAGCCGAAAGAGCCGAUUUGAUUGAAUACAUGAAGAAUGCUUCUCAAGAAUAAAUUUUCAAUUUU